AGCGCUGGGAGCCGGUGGGUGCCUCCGCCGGGCCCGCCGCCGCCUGGGCCGGGCCGGGCGACGUCUGUCGGGCCGGGUCCGCGUUUGAUGGAUCCCCGGAUCGCCUGGUUCCAGCCAGAGCAGCUCGGGCCCUCCAACCGCCUGUGGAUGCAGAUCUGGGAGACCACGCAGGGCGUCCGCAACCUCUACUUCCAGCAGCAGCAGCAGCAGCAGCAGAGCGCCGCCGCCGUCGCCGCCACACGGAAGCGCGACAACAAGGCCAGCACCUUCGGCCUCAAUUACAGCCUCUUCUUAGGCCCCGCCGGGGAGAGCCGCGGCCCGGCGCCGGGAGACGGGCCCCUGGGGAGGCCGCAAGCCGGGCCGGAGGAGCCCGCCUACACCGGUACGCCGUGGAAGAAGAGAAAUUACAGCCAAGGAGUGGUGGGCCUUCAUGAAGAGAUUAUUGACUUCUACAAGUACAUGUCUCCCAGAUCCGAAGAGGAAAGGAUGCGGAUGGAGGUGGUCAAUAGGAUAGAAAACGUUAUAAAGGAGCUCUGGCCCAAUGCAGAGGUGCAGAUAUUUGGAAGUUUUAAGACUGGUUUAUAUUUACCUACUAGUGAUAUCGAUUUAGUUGUGUUUGGAAAAUGGGAGAAUUUGCCUCUCUGGACCCUUGAAGAGGCUCUCCGAAAGCACAAUGUAGCUGAUGAAAAUUCAGUAAAGGUUUUAGACAAAGCAACUGUCCCUAUUAUUAAACUGACUGAUUCCUUUACCGAAGUAAAAGUCGACAUCAGCUUCAAUGUACGGAACGGGGUAAAAGCUGCUCAUCUCAUCGCAGAUUUUAUCAAGAAAUAUCCUGUAUUGCCAUAUCUAGUUUUAGUAUUGAAACAGUUUUUGCUGCAGCGGGACCUCAACGAAGUAUUCACAGGUGGAAUCGGUUCUUAUAGUCUUUUUUUAAUGGCUGUCAGCUUCCUCCAGCUGCAUCCCAGGGAAGAUGCCUGCACGCCCAAUGCCAACUACGGUGUCCUUUUAAUAGAGUUUUUUGAAUUAUACGGGCGUCAUUUCAACUACUUGAAAACAGGCAUCCGAAUAAAGGAUGGCGGUUCAUACGUGGCCAAGGACGAAGUGCAGAAGAAUAUGCUGGAUGGGUACAGACCAUCGAUGCUUUAUAUCGAAGACCCGCUUCAACCAGGCAACGAUGUCGGGAGGAGCUCUUACGGUGCCAUGCAAGUGAAGCAAGCCUUCGAUUAUGCAUACGUCGUCCUGAGCCACGCAGUAUCGCCGAUAGCUAAAUAUUACCCCAACAACGAAACUGAAAGUAUAUUAGGAAGAAUAAUCAGAGUAACGCAAGAAGUGGCGACGUACAGAGACUGGAUAUCCAAGCAGAGGGGGGUGCAGAACAGCACAGAGACUUCAUGCAAUGGGAACGGGGUGACCCCGAUCGACAACCAGCAGCUAGACGAGUGCAACAAUAACCUUUCCGAGGAGUGCGAGUCGUUAGGAAAACCCAGAAGUAAAACCUCUGAGACGCCGAGCAAGCACUCAUCAAACUCUUCCUCGGGACCUCUGUCGUCAUCGUCUUCUACGCUUUCCAGUUCCAGCGAUGUAGAGUCUGACGGGACGCCGUGCAAAACCUCUAAACAGCUGGCCAGCCGUCAGACGGCAGCCAGCCGAACGGUGGCUCAGGACGUCUCGCUGGGGCCCACGCAGCCAGGUGGGAAAAUGCCGAGCAGCCAAACAGCAAACCUAUCCGGAGUGGCAAACAAAUCACAGCACGGAUCCACGCGGCUGUUCCGCGCUUCUUCCAACAAAGGCUUCCAAGGUCCAGCCAAUUCAAGCCACGGUACCUUGGUGACUAACAAGCCACACCCGGGCAGCAAAUCACACCAGUAUUACGGGAAGAAAAGGAAACACAAGAGGGACCCGGUCCUUUCGGAUCUUUGUAGAUAGUUUUCCCUUUUCUGGACGGUGAACUGUUCUUCUGUGUGUGAUGGCCUCGUGCCACAAGGAUAAGUUGGACAGCGACUCCCCAGGUCUCGUCUGGACUCUCCCAAGACUGUGGGGGGGGGGGGAGAAACCCGACAACGUUGAUUAGCGGCGUGUUAUAAGUUUUCCAGCUUGCCACGGAACAGAUCAUGAAGACUGAUAACAGCAACAAUGGGGGGGGGGAGGGGAAGAGGAGGAAAAAGCCGCUCCCGAAAAGGCAUAUGCUACAACAGGGUUGUUUAGGAUAUAUAAAAGCUUGAAUGUAAAAUAAAUAUCUCCCAAAAGCUUUUAUGAUGACCUCAUGAGGGCGUGGGACUCAGUGUGUUUAGGGCGGGGCUGGUCGUGAACUCAGAACGGGUCAAACCAUUAAAAAGCGAGAAGGGGGGGGCACCUGUGUUUUGGGGGAAGCCCAGACUA